UUCAACCAACUCUUUUAGUUUAGAUUUCUUUCAGGUAGAUGUGGUGUUUGCGGUCCCCUGGAACAUUUGUUGAGUAGAUGGCUGUAACAUUAAAUUCAAUCGACAGCAUCUUCACAUUCGAAGCGUCAUCAUUCAGUUUAAUAGAUUGUAACCAGCUGCACGUUAGUCACAAUAAAGGGCACAUGCAUGCACAAUUUCACAUUUUUUAAAAAGACUUUAUGUUAUUGUAGAAACUUCAAAAAUUAUUUGUGAUUAUAAUUCAAAAUAAAUCAAAGAAUCAUCCUUCGUUCCCUGUCUCCCUUUGCUGUGUAGUUUAACCGCUGUGUGACCUCCCAGAUGAUUAAAUGGUUCAGCAACUUCAGAGAGUUCUUUUACAUCCAGAUGGAGCGCUUUGCACGCCAGGCUGUCCGCGACGCUCUCACUCGGGAAGGCACACCUCGUCUGGGCAGGGAGGGUCAGCUGAGAGUGGGCCGUGAUACGGAGCUUUACCGCAUACUGAACAUGCACUACAACAAGAGUAACAUCUACCAGGUUCCCGAGAGGUUUAUCGAGGUGUCAGAGGUGGCUUUGAGAGAGUUCUACUCAGCCAUUUGGACCGGGAGAGACAGCGACCCCUGCUGGAAGAAGGGAAUAUACAAGAUCAUCUGUAAGCUUGACAGUCCUCUGCCAGAGGCCUUCAGGAUGCCCGGUUGUCCAGUGGGCUGAUGAUGACCCCGCUGCUUCUCAUCUUGUACAUGAAGACAAAUGCAUGCUCAAAAUCUAAACGCUUUGCUCACUAUUCAUUUUAAAUUAUUUAGAACAAAAAGAUGUGUUGCUCUAACUGUUGUGCAAAAGGAAAACAUGCAUAAAAUCCACACAAGACAUUCUCAGAGCUCAAACCAGAGUCUUGUGACUGCACUUAUCACAGACGUGCCCAUACCAGUGAGUUAAAAUGCACCAAGCUGGAAUUUCUUCUCCAAACAUUCCUCACUUGGCUUUGUCCCAUAUCUUCUUCUGCAGAAAGCUCUCCUGGGGAGGAGAGUCGGAGCAGCCGGAGACAGGAAAUAAUUACUGUAAAUGUGUGUGAGUUACGCAGAGUUGCACUUGUGUGUUAAAAUGAGGCAGCUUCAUUAAAAAAAACAAAUCCUGUAUUUCCUGCUGAGUUUUUUAAACAUGCUUUCAGAGAUAAAAAACAAAUAAGCUGCCAUGUCUUUCAGCCUCCUGAUGAACAAUAUUUUUUUAAAUUAACAAUCAAACAAGAAUAUGUAAGCACACCGUAUUUGGGCUUCUAUAAAAUUCUAUAACUUGAAUAUUUUUGAAGUAACAAUGUCACUCUGAGGGUUUAUUUUGCUUGUGGGUGUUGCUCAUUGUUCAACAUUUAUUCAUUUUACUGCUUUUAUGCAUGACAGUGAAUUUCAGUCAACAUGGAAACCUGUCAACAGGAAUAGAAUUUGACAUAUUGAUGUUUUAUUGUUUACUUGAUGUACUUUUCUUGUAAAAACAUUUGAAAUAUCUUUUUCCGUGACGGUAAACUGAAUAAGACACUUGUACAAUGUUUAAAAUGUUGUGUACAUUGUGACUCUUUUUCCUUCGUAUGAAUAAUUGUGUUGUGAAUUCUGGUGCAGAUUGGCCUUUAGAUUGUGAUCUCUUAUUGUGAUUUACUUUUUACAUACUCUAAAAAAGUAAACUUUGUAGUACUUACUGUAGUUCUGUGCCUCGGUCGAGCUGAGGAUCUUUUGAUUGGUUGAAACUGAAAAGCUAAUUAAAGUCAUACCAGACUUGUGUCAG